AUGUCUACUACAACAGAAGUUAAAGUAAAAAGAAUGUCAGUAGAUAUUGUAGUGGAAAAUCAACAAAAGAAGGUUAAAGAGAGUGAUAAAAAAUUGAAGAACAAACAAGAACCAGAAAAAAGACUGAUAACAAAUAGUGAGGGUGAUAAUGAAACUAAUGACCCAUUUAUCUCUGAAGAACAUAUGGAUGUAAAAAAUGAGUCAGAAGAUGAAAUACCUCCUACCCCAUCUGUAAAUACCAUUAAAAUCACUUCAGGUAUAGUAAAUCCUAAAAAGAGAAGAAAGAUUGUAGAUAAGACAUAUACUGGUGAAGACGGUUAUAUUAUAACAAGAAAGGAAGAGGUAUAUGAGAGUUGUUCCGAAAAUGAUGAAGAAGUAAAAAGCAAAGAAAAUGUUGAACAUGUUAAUACAAAAAUAAUAGAGACCUCACCAAAAGGAAAGAAGAACGGUGUGAAAACUUUUAAGAAAAAGGUAUCUCAACCCCAAACAGGAAAACAAACUACAAUUAUGAACUUCUUUAAUAAAUCUGUUAACGGAUGA